GCCGUUCGCUUCACGCUUCACGCUGUCACGUCUUUCUUUGUGAUCCCUGUCGCGUUUUUUCGCUACACACCACCACCAGCACCAGCAGCAGCACCACCACCGGCGAGACCAAAACAACUUCUCAACUUCACAGACCACACCUUACGAAACGACUCGCGCAUUCCCACGACCCCGCGAGACAUUGUUGCUCUCCCUUGUCGCGGACGCUGUCUAGUCUAUUCAGGCCAGCAUGGACUCCACCCGCGAAUCUCCAAGCGCAUACCACACGCCGGUCAAGAAACCGCCUUCGCCGAUAUCGCAUGCGACGUCGUCCUACAGCUUCUAUGACGAGAACGUCGAGCGCCAGAUCGCGCUGCGAGAUCCGGGCCUGGCAAAUCUGAUUGAGCACAAUAAGCGGCAGCGCGCUUCGGGGGCCUACAGCAUUACCACUACUACUGCGCCAACUACCGUCGCCACUGGUGCCGCACCAUUGAGUUCGCACACUGAAGAAGAGGAGGAGGAGGAGGAAGAGGAGGAGGAGGAGGAGGAAGAGGAGGAAGAGGUAGAGGCGGAUGGCGGAGAACGGGGAUAUAGUCACAAUCACAAGGACAGCCGCCAGCCAGAGUACGACGAAAUGGAUGAGGACCACUCGUAUGCGGAGGAGGAGGAGGUGGGCGAGGAGGAAGAUGAGGCGGAGGAGGAGUAUGAGGACGAGGAUGAGGACGCGGAGGGUGAGGAUGAGGAGGUUGAGGACGAAGAGGUUGAGGAUGUGAGGGAUCCGGCGGAAACAGAAGAUCUACAGGAGGAGAGUGAGGAGGAGCCAGAUGAAAGGCGUGGAAAUGCCAAUGUCAAUGCUGAGAACGGGAUCAAGGAUAGGCGGCGUGCAGCUUCUCGAAGUCCUAGUUAUGAGGAUAAAGCCAGGGAGGAUGACGACCGGACGGAUGGGGAGGGUACGGAGGAUGAGGAUGAGGGGUCUGUGUACUCGGAAUGUCCAGAAGAGGAAGAGGAGGAGGAAGAAGAAGAGGAAGAGGAUGAGGAAUAUGCCACAGAUCCUCUGGUCAUAGAGGAGAUUGAGAAGUUCCAGACCACGUUCCGCGGCAUUGAGAAACGAUUUAGGUUGAUAAAUAAGAUCGGUGAAGGAACUUUCAGUUCGGUGUAUAAAGCGGAAGACCUACUGUACGAUAGAUACGACAACAGCUGGGACCUCGAGGACAUACCCCCGCCACGACUGAACGGCAGUCGUCCGCCAAAAUACGUAGCUAUCAAAAAGAUUUAUGUCACCAGUUCACCAGCACGAAUACAGAACGAGCUGGAACUUCUGCACGAUCUGACAGGCUGCAAAUCCGUCGUUCCGCUGGUUACCGCAUUCCGGUACCAAGACCAAGUUGUUGCGAUCCUGCCAUACUUCCGACAUGUUGAUUUCCGGGAAUACUUCCGCAACCUAACAAUAAACGGCAUGAUCUUGUACUUCAAAUCGCUCUUCACCGCGCUGGAGCACGUGCACGCCCACAACAUCAUCCACCGGGACAUCAAGCCGACCAACUUUCUGUACGACUUCUACAAGGGCCGGGGCGUGCUCUGCGACUUUGGCCUCGCCGAGCGCGAGGGCACCGACACUUCGUUCUGCGCCUGCCAGCAAUCCAGCGGAGAGCGCAAAGACCUCCGACUACCCUCGUCGAUGACCGCCAUGUCCCAGGGAUACCCAAAAAACGACUCAAGACCCUCCCGCCGCGCAAACCGUGCGGGCACCCGCGGCUUCCGCGCUCCAGAGGUGCUGUUCAAGUGCACCUGCCAAACAACCAAAAUCGACAUCUGGUCCGCGGGCGUAAUCCUGCUCACAAUCCUCAGCAAGCGUUUCCCCUUCUUCAACAGCAGCGACGACGUGGACGCCAUAAUCGAGAUCGCGACGAUCUUCGGCAAGUCGAAGAUGCGCUCAUGCGCCGCUUUACACGGGUGCAUAUUCGAGACGACCAUCCCGACGAUCGGCGAGAAGGGGUUCACGUUAGAAAAGAUCGUGCUAUGGGCGACGAACCGCUCCGCGGGCGGCGGCAGCAGCAGCGCAGACCAGGAUUUACUACCAGAGGGGGAAAAGCUGGCGUGUCAGUUCCUCGCGAGGUGCUUUGAACUUGACCCCGCGAAGAGGAUUAGUGCCGCGGAGGCGCUGGAACAUGAUUUCCUCAACUAUGUCGACCCUGACGAGGAGGAGGAGGAGGAGGAGGAUGGGGAGGAAGGGGAGGGGGAGGAUGAUGAUGCGGACGCGGACGGCGAUGAGGAGGUAGAUAUCUGAAUUGAGAACUGGAUGUG